AUGGGUUCUCUACCAGACGUCGUCUCUCCUUUCAGGUUUCUCAUCGUAGGCUGCUCAUAUGCCGGCCUGUCGAGUGCCCUCAACCUGCUCGACCUGUGCAAUGGUCUGUCUCCACGAAUGUCACACCAGCCAUACAAACAUCACCCCCAGUUCAGACACAUUCCCAUCGAAAUCACCAUAGUCGAUGAACGAGAUGGCUUCUUCCACUUGAUCGGCGGCCCCAUGGCCUUCGCCUCCUCCGACUACGCCUCCAAAACCUGGGUGCGGUUCCAGGAUAUACCAGCUCUCCAGCGACCCCAUGUCCGCUUCGUCCAAGGCAGCGUAGACAAGGUCGACACGGCCACAAGGACCGCCACCGUCCUCGCCCACAUGACCAAAGAACCCCGCGAGCUCUCCUACGACUUUUUGAUCGUCGGGUCCGGCCUCCGGCGAGUCUUCCCCGUGGUCCCGCAGUCCCUCCUGCGGAAACAGUUCCUCCUCGAAGCCGAGGAGCACAUCCACGCCGUGACCAACGCGCCGGACGGCGUCAUCGUCGUCGGCGGCGGCGCCGUCGGCAUCGAGAUGGCGGCCGAGCUCAAAGUCAUCCGCCCAGACAUCAACAUCACCCUCGUCCACUCGCGCGACCAGCUCCUCUCGUCCGAGGGCCUGCCGGACGAAUGCAAGACGCGUGCCCUCGAGCUCCUCCGCGAGGCCGGCGUCGAGGUCCUCCUGGGCCAUCGCGUCGCCGAGACGGUCAAGCUCCCCUCUCCUUCUUCCCCUUCCGGGCCUUCCCCCGCCACCCACCGCCGCGCCCGCUACGAGGUCCGCUUCACAAACGGCCACAAGCUCCUGGCCAGCGAGGUCGUCAUGGCCAUCUCCCGCCCGGAGCCCUCCACGGGAUUCCUCCCGCCCGCCGCGCUGGACGAAGAGGGCUACGCCCGCAUCCGGCCGAACCUGUUUCUCGAGCCCGCCGACGGUUUGUACGACGUCGACCGCCACCUCGUCGUCGGCGACGCUGCGCGGUGGUCUGGCAUCAAGCGGUGCGGCGGCGCCAUGCACAUGGGGCACCUCGCGGCGUACAACUGCCACCAGCGCAUGCUAGAGAUGCUUACGGCGGGGGAAGGCAGGCAUGAGCCGCAGUUUCAGGAGCUUAGCUACUUCCCGCCCGUCAUCGGCUUGGCGGUCGGCAAGAAGGCCGUGGCUUGUGGACCCGAGGGCACCAUCAGCGGGGAGGACGUGAUGCAGGCGUAUUUCCGAGAUGACUUGGGCUUCCAGAUCUGCUGGAACUACAUGCAACUAGGCAAGACUGCUGCCGAAGAGGAUGCGCCAUCCGCCCUUGAGGUAUCCGCUUAA